AUGAAUGAUACUUACGACAAAAACACUACAGAGGGCCUUUUCAAAAACGAAGAAAACGAAACGAGAUGCAAACUUGACCUUGGCGAUAACGUCUGCGUCGUGGCUAAACUGUGGAAGGGGGACAUUGCCAUUCACGUUCGUCAGUUCGACGAGGACCGAGUAAAACAUUUUCCCACCAAGAAAGGCGUUUCUCUGACGAUGAACCAGUGGUUGGAACUGGCCACCUUCAAACGGGAAACAUCACAACAUCUCGGUGGGAACGUCUACGUCGAACGUAGUUAUGCCGGCGUGGAUAUUCGUCAGUGGUGGUAUUGUGAUCAAGAACUGAAAUCCUCCCGUCGCGGCGUUCGACUGACUGCCGAACAGUGA